GUGACGCUGAAGGACGAGUUCACCCAGCAACUCCGUCAGAGUCGCACCCACCCAGCUGGUAAGAUUGACAUGAGGGUUAAAUCCUGUUGAAAGGCUCAUAGUCCAUCCCACUUUCCUCCUUUCAAGAGCAGUUCCCAGAGUCCAAGUCCAGAUAAAACAUCUAAUCCAGACCUCCACAGGUAACUUCAAACUACUCAAACAGACAAAGAUAAUAAAUACAAAAUGCAAUUUUAAAAAAAUAAUUUUAUUUAUCCAGGAAAAAAAGUGAUCCAAACCAACCCCACACAAUGUGAAAAAGUAGUCGUCCCCUAAACCUGAUAGCUCAAUAAGUCUUUCACAUCGCCUUGGAGGAGUUUUGGCCCACUCUUUUUUGCAGAGUUGUUCUAGUUCAGCCAUAUUGGAGGUUUUUGAGCAUGAAUCAUCUGUUUAAGGUCCUGCCACAACAUCUCAAUCCGGACUUUAUUUUAGCCACUCCAAAACCUUAACUUGUUGGACUAGUUGGUGUGCUUAGGAUCACUGUCCUGCUGCAUAACCCAAGAGCACUUCAGCUUAAAGUCCCGAACGAAUGGCUGGACCUUCUCCUUUAGGAUUUUCUGGUAGAGAGCAGAACUCAUGGUUCCAUCAUUCAUGGUGCAGGUCCUGAAGCAGCAAAUCAGUCCCAGACCAUCACUGGUCUAGUGGUCUUUUUCUAAAACGCUGUGUUAGUUUUAUUCCAGAUGAAACGGGGUGCACACGUGUCAGUCCACUGAAUAUUUGCCCAAAAGUCCUGGUGAUCAUCAAGAUGUUCUUCAGCAAAUGUGAGACCGGCCUUUGUGUUGUUUUUGGUCAGCAGUGGUUUUGGUCUCGGAGCUCUUCUAUGGAAGCCAUUUUUGUUGGGUCUCUUUCUUGUUGAAUCAUAAACUCUGAUCUUAACUGAGCCGAGUGAGGCCUGCUGUGCUUUAGAUGUCGUUCUGGGUUCUUUUGCGACCUCCUGGAUGAGUCGUCGAUGCACCCUUGGAGUAAUUUAGGUGGGCCGGCCUCUCCUGGGAAGGUUUCCCUCUGUUCGAUACUUUCUCUAUUGGCGGUUAAUGGAUCUUAUUGUGGUUCUGUGGAGUCCCAGACUGAUAGAUGACAAUAACUUUGUUUUUCUUGAGUUUGAGAUCUUCAUGUUAGGUUCUCUUUAAGGGAUUUCUUGAUCCCACAGGUUAAACUCUGCUUUCCAAAUAAUGUGGUUACUCACAGUUGAUUCAUGAUUUAAUAACAGGGGAUGAUUACUUUCUCAACGCUCUGAAUGUUUGUUCAUGUUUGUUUGUUUUUUGACUUUGGCUUUCCGCUGCAGUGGAGGUUGAAAUUGUGAUGCUUCUUUUACCCUAAUUACACCGUCCAAAAGGUGAAGGAAAAAAAUCACAGGAACAUGACGAAUAGGAAUUUAAUUCUGAUGUUUGAGCUCAUCCAGUAUGAAUCAUUUGAGUGCAAAUAAACUGUUUUUCUCUCUUUGUACCAUUUAAACUAAUUGCUCCACUGACUGAUUGCUUCAUGUACUUUUUAGGAAGAACUUUGUCCUCUAGUCUUGCCUCCAUUCCCGUAACAUCUGAUGUCACAUUUAACCUGGAGAGAUAACAAACAACCUGAUGUUUGCAGACUCGAACUUCUCAAACACUCAGCUGUUUUAUUUGAAAACAGCUUCAAUGACUCUGUUUAUGCUGUGUAACAUAUUGAUCAUGUUUUGCUGGAGUUUUAGGGUCAUGCUGAAUUUUAGAAGUUAGCGGAAAAGAAGUCUUUGUUUUAUUUCAAAGUACUGACAAAACUAGACAGGUGUUAAUACUCUUAAAUGGUUGCAAACAAAUGUGAAUUAUUAUGGAUUCAGUGGACAGAUUGAUACACUAUUUUAACUCUACAUGAACUUUGCAGGAGAAUCCAGCACUCCGUAUGUGGGUAGUAUGUGCUGUGUGCUUCUAUGCCGCCGUGCUGUGCUCAUACUGUCUUGUGCAAUUCCACUGGGCAGUCCCAUGUUGCAACCUUUCAUGCUCUCAAAGGGCUGCAGCUGAAGAGAAACACACAGGAAUUCAGCCAAGAAAACAGAGUUCAUAAGAGGAGUUUAUCCUGAUUACGCUCUGGUUUGUCGGUGCAUGUCCGCUCGAGAAAAUGCGUUUAUCUUUUAUCCUUUUGUUUCUUCAGCUGUGGGGGAAUGUGAAAGUUUCUUUGUCGCAGGAAGGUAAGACAGAGAUUUUAUACAUUUUACCUCUAAGCGAUACUCAUAAGAAUAUUGCAUGUUUUGAUUUGCUCUUAUUACUAAAGGACAACGGGUUUAUCUGUCCCUUGCUUGGUUUUCUUUCCAAUUUUGCAUCUGUAAAAGACAACUUGAAUGUUCAAUAUCUUCCUUUUCUCCCCUUUUUUGCCGUUCAGCGCUCUGUUCGGAUCUUCCAGUUGUUCCUAAUGCCCACGUUUCAGAGGACACCAGAAGAGAGGAAUACCCAAUGGGAUGGGUAGUAAACUUCGCCUGUGAUAUAGGCUACAUAACAAGCCGCCCCAUCAAAUACGCCUGCACAAACGAAGGGUGGUUCACGAGCCAUCAGGGAAACUGCUACUGUGAGUUACAAAGCUCUUUGCUCUUUCUUUACGAGCAUGCAUGUGGUAAAAACUCCAUAAAAACAUCACUUUUACAUGAGAAUACACCUAAGUAAAUAUGAUUGAUAAGGUGUUGGCUUUAUAGGGUUAAAAACUGAGGCAUUAUCUGCUGUAAAAACUUAAAACAACGCAACUCAACUUUAUUUAUAGCACUUUGAAUACAACCAAAGUCAAAGCUGACACAAAAGUGCCGUACAUAAUAAUAUAAAACAACAAUAAAUAGUUAAAAAAAGAAUAAAAAUGGCGUCACAUUCUGGGUCAAAAGCUAAGAAAUAAAACGUUUUUUUUAGACAGGUUUUAAAAAUGGACAGAACAAAACAAAAAAACAAAACAAGGCUUGAAUUUAGUAUGAGCCACAUUUACCUAACAAGUCACCAGAAGCAUCUCUUUUUUUCAGAGUUUUACAGGCAACUAUAAGACCUGAGUUACUGAGUUAGACUGAAUUUUGGACUGUAACACAUAAUAAAUAACAAACACACCUUUUAGGAUUUGAGGUUUAUGUGAUUUUUUUCUUCUUACUGCCUUUUUUUUUAAACAUCAUGACGAGACAUUUAAUGAUGACCUUUGAGUUUUCUUUCUUUUACAGUAAGGCCAUGUCAACUUCCUGAUGAUACUCCAAACGGCUACUAUGAAAUAAUCCAGGGUGACGACUUGGUCUUUGGAGCGACUAUCAAAUACCGCUGUAAUUCAGGGUACGUGGAUUUAUGAGAGAAUAAAGAUUUUAUUUACUGUUUGUUUCAUUGUUCUUAGAACGGAAAAUGCAAAGUUGGACUUCCCUGUGUUAGAUUUUCCUGAAGUUAAUAAACACUCUGAUCGAUUAUCUUGUUAUCAGGUGUUUUUACCUCAAAGUUAAAAGCCUUGUUUCUGUUCAGGUAUCAAAUGGUGAGUAGGGAGGACACCAGGACUUGUUUGGUGGACAGAUGGACCAGUCACGUGCCCAUAUGUGAACGUAAGUGUCAGUAUUUUUUCCUUAGUGUCACCAUACAUGUGAGUUUAAGAUUAUUUUUUGAAUAAUGGCUAAAAGCAAGAAGAGAACCUGCACAUGUAAAGCUCCUGUAAGUAAUUUUUAGUUUGUUCCCAGAGUCCAAGUCCAGAUAAAACAUCUAAUCCAGUCUCCUUACUGGGGCUUUAAGGUCUUCAUUUUCUGGGCUCCUCUGACAGGGUUUUUCCCAAGUUGGGAUGACAGGAUAAAAACUGUCAUUCAAAUUGUUUCUAGACUUAAAACCUGGAGUUCAGCUUCCUUCCUUUGCAUCUUCAGGAUUAUCCUCUUUUCUGUGUUUACGUAGCGAUCAGCUGUGAAGCCCCACCAGCUAACGAACGUAUGACAAUACACCAUUUAUCUGAUGAUGAUGGCCCCAUAGUCGCCAACCGUUUCAUCACAUUCAGCUGUGAUCAACCCGGGACAUAUUUGAAUGGCAGUGCAAGGCUGAUAUGUGGUAGUGAUGGACAGUGGGAUCAUGCAUUUCCCACCUGUGAAGGUAAGGAAGUAAAAAUGAUUCCCAGGAUUUAUAAAAUAUUAUUUUUAAUACUGAACGAUCAUUGACAUGAGGACUUGUGCAACCUCUCUUAUAAUCUUUCCAGACUAUACUUGCACAGUGGGCGAGUUGCAUCCUCAACUCAAUGUUACCGGACUACCAGCAGCAAAUGAAACGAUAAAGGUUGGACACACAUUACAGUUUCAUUGCAAUGGUGAGUUCAUGCUGAGUGGGCCUGACAGUGUCAAAUGUGUGGAAAACGGGCGGUGGAACUAUCCCCUUCCAACCUGCAGUGGUACGUUGACUUUCAUUAGGAUUUUCAAUUCAGUUCAUGCAAAUUGUAGUUUUCUUUUGCCAGCCCCCAGUGGACACUUGGGGAACUGCAGUUUUUUUAUCGUCAGUUUUUAACAAUGAAGAUUACAGUUAUAUUUGGCAUGUGUUUCUAACCUGAGUGAGAGUUCUGCAGGGUUUGACAGAUGUGGUUUAAAUGCGCAUGAACAAAUGUGAAGUAGGAAAGACUUUUAACGCCUCAGGUUGGCAUUUUUUGUUUUUUUGUUUUUCAUAACAGACCAAUGCACAAUCCCAGGAAUACCACAAAGCGUACGGGUCACCUCACGUCUACCAAGCAACCGCCAAGUCAGACCAGGGGAAAAAAUACAUUUUGUGUGCAACACCAAUCGCCGCGGCCACAUCCUUCGAGGAAAAGCAACAGUUGAAUGUUUGGUUGGUGGACAGUGGAGCGAUGACUUCCCAACAUGUGGGCGUAAGUAAAAAGGGACUCACUUCGAGAUGUGCUCUGCAGACUCAAGGUCCUUACACACCGGGACCGACGCAAAUAUAUAGCGCGAAGUUAUGAAAUAUUCAGAAUUGUGACACGCCUGACUAUACACAUCAAGCCCGAUGCAAUUUUGUGACUUUCCGGGGUGAAAAAAGACACAUCCCGGUUGAAAGCGAGAAGACUGACACAACAGCAGACUGAGUGUUUUUCAGUUCUGAUUAGACUCUAGUGUUGAGAUGUCUGUCUGUCAUGAUAGCAUGGACUGAGUCGGCCAGUACCAGAUAAGAACAUUAAACUAUAAUCUAUAAACGUAAGGUAACAACCGAGACCUAAUGGUGCUGUGACUGAGUUUACAGUGAAAAUACAUAUGGUAUGUUGUAUCUGAACAGGUUAGCUUACGAGCUAAAGUUACUUAGCACAGAUGAAAGUUAAAACAAAGACGUUUAUCAAACUGUUAAAGCUCACAAACCAUCGUCAUAUGAGAAAUCCGACGCUAUGACUCUCCACAAAUUGUCCUUCAGGUCGUUAUCUUUGUGAUAUUUGUGUCUUUUAUCAAAAAUCACUCUGUUCUCCGACACGUAAACAAUCAGCCGGUCGGCCAUGUUGGAUAUAUCGGUGACUCUGACGUCUCAACAACACAAAAUCUGAUUGGUCAGAAGUGGACACACAGUAUGCGAAACUUUGGAAAAAUCGACCGUGAUCUGAAAAAAUAAAUGCCGCAAUAUCGCAGGACGGGAAAACGUCGCUGAUGUGAACGCUUGUAUUGACAGGAUACAGGGUCAAAAAAAAAUAUUAACUUCUGAAAUAAUCGCAUGAAAAAAAAAACGGUCCUGGUGUGUAAGGACCGUUUCUACCCUGAGGUCUCAAAGCGGGUUCACAAAAUACUCUCUGUACCCAGUGACUCGCGGGAAACGUAUAAAAACCAUGAAUAACUUUUACUUUCUCUGAUUUACCCACUCACUGUAGUACCUUUGGGCUGUGGGACGCCACCACCCCUUGACAAUGGAGACACGAGGAACAGUGUGAGACCCCGGUACGACCAUAAUGAAAGGGUUGAGUACAUCUGCCAGAAGUUACACAUACCAGAGGGUUCAGCAUAUAAAACCUGCAACAAUGGUGAAUGGACUGGAUAUUUCAAGUGCCUCAGUAAGUUGUUUUCUGUUAUUUUCAUAUAUGAGUCUGCUUUUAAUUCCAAUAAAAGGACUGUCACAGAUUUUGCAAGCGAACCUGUCAUGGUCAGGUUCUUCUGGUAUCAGGGAGGACCUUCCUCAAAGCUAACUGCUGAGUAAUUUUGCUUUAAUUUCGAUCAUUGCAGUUAUUACUGAUCCAUACUCAAACAGCCCAGCAUGAUCUCUGCAUAGAAGAGUCUCAGGGAUGAUAAAACUGCUGUUUCUCUCUCCUCUCUUGCAGGACCUUGCACCGUAGACGCAGACGUUAUGAGGAGACAUAACAUUCACUUCACUUGGUCUAGUGAGGAAAAGCUGUAUGCAGUUCACCAAGGUGGACUCACAUUCAGCUGUGUUAAAGGAAAAAGACCUGUGGACCCACAGGGCAUGCGCCAAUUUUGUGUGGACGGGGAGAUAAGUGUGCCCAUAUGCCAGUAAAGUUUGAGAACGAACAUUGACACGAGGAGGACAUCGUUUUCCUUCAAACUGCUGAAAGAUGAAAAGUAAUUUCACUGUGAAAAAAAGUGUUUUUGUAUUCUCUCUGGUACAAAGUCUUUAGGCUUAAUUUGAGCCAAAUUCAUGUGACGAGUCCAGAAAAAAACAGAUGUCGCAUUUCAAGAUAUUUUACACAGAAAACAUGAACUGGUUUUCUUGUAAUGAGAUGAAGAUGUACUUGAAAACUUACUUAACUAUCAUCUCAGAGAACCUGUUUUUUUAUCUUGAUUUUGGUGUAAUACCUUGAAAAAAGACCUUUUUCUUGCCUUGUAAGGUGGACGUGGCUCAAAUGAAGCCUAGUUAGACCCUUUUUAUCAGACUUGAGAUCAAAAACACAAAGAUUUGAGAACAAAUCUACAUUUAGCCCAAAGUUUUGAGCUUUAAACUUUUUCACACAUUGAAGCUUUAAGUCCUAAAAGCUAGAACAGGAGUUUUGGGAAAAGGGCUUUUGGAUUCCAGCCUCCUUAACCCACAGUUUAUGGAAGAAUAAUGUGAAACUCGAGGAUCUGGUGACAUUGCUAUGAUAGUAAACUGUACUGACUCCCUGUGUGUAUGUGUCUUGUCCAGUUUUAAUCUCAGUGGGACAAAACCAGAAUAAAUAAAGGUUACAUAAUUUUAAAAGGAGAUUUAUCAGGCUUUAUUUGUGUUUCUUCCUGGUGUCAUGACCCUCUCCACUUGCUGGUAAAUCCCGUCAGACAGUCGAGUAAAAGAUUAACAACAGGGGAGAUAACAGGGCAAUAAAGCUUUAAAUAAUUAUGAGAAUUAGGAAAAACUACAUUUUAGAGGCACAAAACCAGACUAAUUCUGAAUCAGACAAGAAACUGUGAUUUUUAAACCCCUAUUUAAUACAUAACGUAAUCUGAGGUGACUGCAUAUAGCUCAUAAACCUAAACUUUUUAAUUUGUCAGCUGACUGAAAUUCAACCGAAUCAAGUUUGUUGUAGUUAUACAAUACAGCUGGAAAUUGUAGUGAUGUGUCAGUCACAAUCGAACCGGUUCAAAGAGCCGUCUGCUUUGUGAACGAUGUGCAAUUUCUUUCUUUCUUUCUUUCUUUUUUCCCACCACAGAUCAUAGAAAAAAAACUACAAGGCAGAAUGACGGGAUUUCUAUCUGCUUUGUGUACCAAAAUGUAAAAUGUCUGUAAAUGCAAUAAAAACAAUUGGCUACAGCAAUUCACUGAUAUUAAAAAAUAUAAUUUUUACUCAUGAGUACUUCAGUACAAAAGAUGUAUUGAAUUAUUUAAGCGGUAUGUGUACACAUAUAUACAUAUCAUAAGCCAAACAACACUAAAUUUGGCUGAAUUAGAAAAUGGACAAGUGUUAAAUGAAGAGACGUUUGGGAGCCGAUAGAGCCGGCUCUUCUUGGUGAGCUGAACUGAAUGAUCACUAAAAAGAUCCGUAAUUUCCAUCACAAGGAAAUUGAUAUUCUCUUGCAUGUACACACCACAUAUGACUCAACUGUUUAUAUCAUGCUUUGACCCUGGAGUUGAACAGGGUGGGAAGUCGGGUAGGAAACAAAACCUGGUCAGAGGACAGAGCUGAAAGGGGGCGGACUGCUACCUUGCAAAGCGAAGCAGACAUACUUUUGUUAAUUGAUGCUCAGACACAGACAGUGGUCGAGUUAAAACCCACUAAUCAAGCUCUAAUUAUAGCUCGACUUAUGCAUAUAAACAUACUGACAGAACAACAAACCCGUGUCUGAAUCCACAGACAGGCCUUGAGUGUCGAUGUGACAUUUUUAUAUACAGUUUUAGACCAAAUAGAAAAAAAUUCUGUUGCGUGGACAACUUAUUUGCAAUAAAAACAGUCACAGAACUUUGGCGUCUGUGCAGAAACCUCCCCUUUGUCAGGACUUAUUCCUGAUGUGAGUCUUCAUGAUGAGAAUAACUCGUUUUUCCAGUCAGCUUGAUAAACAGGAGAGAUGAUCAGAGGGGCGGAGUUUAAACCGCAGUUGUUGUGACAUGGGCUAAAGCAUGGGAAGAGUUUCUCAGCAAAGGAGCAGUCGGUAAAGGAGUAGAUCAAAGCUGCAGCAUCAACAUCAUAAAAGGAGACCAGACCCUCUUCAUAAUCCACGAACACCCCGACCUUCUCAGGAUGAGACUUCAGAGAAAGACUGACUGGAGGGCUGGCACACGCUUCGUACUCGUUUUCAUUCCUCAACCAUAUCGCCCAGAAACCGUUCUGAGGAGACAGAGAGAUCUUCCCCUUCCUGUUGAUGGACUCUCUGCUCACUCCUAAAUCCCACUUUGUCUUUCCUUUGACCUGGACCUCAUAGUAAAAUUUGCCCGAAGAGAAACCCCGCUUUGCGAAGACAACAGCACACCAAUCAAAUCUCUCCGGGGUGACUGGGAGGUCCUUCCACACAUCGCCACAAUAAACUUGUUUCCCAUCGUCGGACAGGAUGAGUUUGAAAUGUGCCGUAUCAGGAUCGAGAAUCACAUCCACUUCAUACUGCUGGACCCUCCUCACCUCAGCCUCGAACAGCUCCUUCAUCUGUUUACUGAGCGUGUCCUCGAGGUGGCUCACAGCUCUCACCACAGUCCCCUCAUAAGACAUUGGGCGGACUCUGAUUUCAGUCCAGUUUUUGGUGGGUGGAGCAGCGUUCGGGGUGGUGAAGUUUUGAAGGAGGUGGAGGUGGUCUUCAGAGAGUGAGAGCUGCUCUACCGCAGAGAAUCUCUUCUUCAGCUCAGAGAUUUCCUGCUGCAGCUCUGCGAUGAAGCCUUCAGCCCGUUCCUCCGUCUCCUUCUGCUUCUCUUUGAUGGUUCGGAUGAGCUCGGCCUGACUUCUCUCGAUGGAUUCUUUCAGAGCUGUGAAGACCUCGACACCUUCAGCGAUCUCUCUGUUUGCAUUCUUAUUACUGAGCUCCACUGACCGUCUGAUCUCUUCGAUCUUCAGGCGUCUCUUCUGGAUCAUCUGCUGAAUUUCAUUCUCUGUCUUCUCCAGCUCGGCCUUCUUUCCUUUGUACUCGUCUUCCAGAGGAACAACAUCAUGCGUUUUGUGGUUCGUAACGGUGCACAGCACGCAGACACACAUCUGGUCGUUUUUGCAGAACAGCUCCAGCAGUUUGUCAUGCUUCGUACACAUCCUUCCUUCCAGGUUCUCCACAGGGUCGAUCAGCUGAUGUUUUUGUAGACGUGAAGAUCUCAGAUGAGGCUCGAGGUGAGUGUCACAGUAAGAGGCCAGGCACACCAAGCAGGACUUCAGGGCCUUCAGUUUGGUUCCAGUGCAGACGUCACAGGAAACAUCUCCUGGUUCUGCAGCUUGUCGCUCCAUGCUGGCUUCCUGAAGAGCUGACAGUCUGUACUGGGCAGUGACCUCAGAUAUGAACGUGUUGACCUUCAGCUCAGGUGUGGUGUAGAAAACCUCUUUACAGUUGGGACACCGACACCGGCCGUUGGUUCUCCAAUGUUCGGUGAUGCAGUCUUUACAGAAGUUGUGUCCACAUGGUGUGCUGACUGGAUUGAUGAACAUGUCCAGACAGAUGGAGCACAGGAACUGAUCCUCAUUCAGCAGACAGCAGGCAGCAGACAUUUUUACAACCUGAGGAUAAGAAAAGGGACAGAUAGUCAAACCUUCUGCUAAAAGUUAUUCGUUUAUUACCUGUUACUCUUUUACGGGACACUAUGGGUGUGGACAUUAUACUGUUUUGGCGUUUGUGUAUGUCAACAUCCUCUCCAAGUUUUAGGGUAUGCCACUAAGCGCGGGUAAAAUCAUCUGUGCAAAUGAAUUACAUGUUGAGUCAAUGCAAAGACACGAUUAGACGCUGGUACUACUCUGACGGCAGGAAUGACGCUGGGGGGGGGGGGGGGGGGUCGAAGAGUGAUUGAAGAUAAUUAUUAGUAUAAUAAUCUAAUAAAUACAAUGGAGUAUGAGGGCCACAUUAAGAAAGAAAAAAACAUUUUUAAAUCUUUGAGAUUAAAGUUAUUAUUUAGGAGAAUAAAGUCAUUAAUGACUUUAAGAAUAAAGUAGUUAAGUUACCUGUUGUGGAGGAGAGUUGUUAAAAUCAGCACUGAGGAGCAUUUAGAUGAAUUGUACUUUAGUAUAGGUUUCACAGACAUGGAGAUACUUAAUCCUUUGGUAUAUCAGCAUUACACUGUCACGAGUAUCAGAACUUUAAAAAGAAUAUAUGAGAAAUGCUGCUUUUGUGGAGGGGAAAUGGCUGUACAGAGGCUAAAUUCAUCAAUGCAGCUGUUAAUAGCAAUAGCAUAGGGCUUUAGUUUAUCAUAUGAGUUUAUCUGCCAUGAGGUGUUGAGGUCUCUGCAUGUGUAGGUUACUGACUUACUGUAAUCAUCGGGUCUAUCUCGGCCUUAUAAAAACCUGCUCUAUUUCGGCAAGUGUCUGUCUUCUUCUGUAGUCAAACCGCAAGAUAUCAAAAUCUACCCGGAUACAACAAUGCUGCUUUUUGAUUGGCUGUUCAGUAAAUAUACUUUAUUUGAUUGGCUUGCGCGUGGCACGCAACUUAGGAACUCUCGGAGAAACUCCGUUGAUUUCCCCCUGUUCCAUAGUUAAAGAGGUGCAACUUGGUGGACAUCACCAUGUUCAUUUAAAUGCGUGAGAAAUACAAUGUGUGGCGUGUGAGCGUGUGAACGAGUGGGAAUGCGUGUGUCUCACGCUGAAUGCGUGAGACUUGAGAGCCCUGCCUUUUUUUUCAAUUACCGAAACUGGAAUAAAAAGGAGCUCGUCUGGAGUGAGGAGGUCGGAUUACCUGGUAAAUUGUGAAAAACCUUUGUCUAUCACUUGAUCCCGCUGGUUGAAUUGGCAGGGAUUACCGUUGAAAUUACCGUUGACGCGCGAAUGAAGCGAGGAAAUACUAUUCAUUCACACGUCUGGUUUCUCACAAAUUAAGCGAGUGGAUGAUUUUACUCUUGCUUGGUGUGAGCGCUCCAUUAUCCAAGUUUCUGACAGCUGAGAAUAACCGGGUUUCUCUUAGUGCAAUGCAAAUGUUGUAUAAACCUACUCAAUAACAGGUGGAGCAUUUUCAGUGUUAAUUUUAUUCUGUUAUUAGAGCCGGCUGGUGACCAAAUUUUAUGAGAAAAUAGCUAAAUUCAACAAGUCAUGUGUUAAUCAUUGAAUUGUGUUUUGAGAUGAAACCUCAAAAACAAUAUACCCAUCAUUCACCAACACGUGCUCAUGGGUUUAUAAGGAAAAAGAAGAUAUAUUCAGACACAAUCAAGCAACAAAAAUAUGCAGAAAGGUUUGCAACAGAUGUAGAGAAUGAGAGAGAGAUGCAUCGGGUGUAGCAGAAAACAAAAGUAAUGAUCAAACAUGCUUUAGAGUGAAGUUCUGUCUUUUUUAGUCGGUGAACUCACCUGUGACAGACAGACUUGCAGUUCUGUUAAGAUCACCUUGACGGUUUUAGCUCUGUUUACGCUCAGACUUUAACUUCCGUUUCAGCGAACAUGGAGUUUAAGGUUCUCCUCCUUCAUUGUUGCUCCUCCUCUCAGUGUAGCUCUGUAAGGCU